AUGCAGUCUGCAGCCAAGCGGCGGAAAUUGCUGGAAAUACCGGAAAGAAUGGAAGAUGUGCGACACCAAGGAUUAGAGCCUAGCCAGGUGGGACUGGUCGCCACAAAACUUGAACGUGCCGAGCAACGAUUGCAAGAGAUCGAGAUAGAUGUCGUAGUGAAGCGUGAAGAGCUCGAGAAGACAGUCAUUGAGGCCAGACAUCAGAAGGAUCAGCACCGGAAAGCCGAGUACUUUGAGGAAAUGCAGCGAGCUACAGACAAGAAAACCCUAGUAUUUAAGACGACUACCGUUAUGAAGCUCCUCAACUGUUCUACCCUCAAGAUCGAGGAGUUUUUCGGCUCCUCAAUACCAAAGUCUUAUGUCGUCCUAUCCCAUCGAUGGGAAGCUGACGAAGUCACCUACCAAGAUGUAAUCAAUAAUGCCAAGACGUUGGCCCAGAAGCGCGGAUGGGCCAAGAUACGCGAGACUUGUCGCAUUGCGCUUGAGCGCGGGCACAACUACGCCUGGGUCGACACCUGCUGCAUCGACAAGACGUCAAGCGCAGAACUCUCCGAGGCCAUCAACUCCAUGUUCAAGUGGUAUGCCAACGCGGCAGUUUGCUACGUCUUCCUCUCAGAUGUGGGAACCAACCAGGCCUUUGCGGAGUCUCUGUGGUUUACUCGCGGCUGGACAUUGCAAGAGCUCGUUGCUCCGAGGGAGCUUCUCUUUUUCGACAGAGAUUGGGACCUUAUUGGUACUGGAGCCCAACUUUGCGAUGUCAUCCAUCGCCGAACCGGCAUCAGCGAGAAGAUUCUGCUCCAUGGCUCUGCUCCGGGACCAAGCAUCGGGGCACUCCUUUCGAGUAUACCGGUGGCAGUCCGUAUGUCUUGGGCAGCUACACGGGUCACGACUCGAGAGGAAGACAGCGCGUACAGUCUGCUUGGCAUUUUCGGCGUCAACAUGCCCAUGUUGUAUGGCGAGGGACGCGGUGCCUUUAUGCGUCUGCAGGAGGAAAUCAUCAAGGAGACGAAUGAUCUUACUCUUUUUGCGUGGAUUGCCUCUCCCGGAGAUUCAGGGGCGCAAGAUCCGCCAGAGUAUCGUGGUAUCCUGGCCAGUUCCCCUCGAGAGUUUAGAAAUGCGGGCAAAUUGGAGUUGAGUCGGGAUGCAAAGUACAAUCCCGAAGUAGGCACACCUUGGUUCAUGAGCUUCUCUGUCAUGGGGGAGGUUGGCAGUGGUGUUGGUCAAAAAAAGAAAAAGCUGACAGACUCUUCCGAACAGUACACCAUGACCAACAAAGGUUUGCGCAUAGUCGCCGAAACCACAAUGGCAGAAAACAACACGCAACUUCUCGGCCUCGGAAGCCAUGACUCCAGCGACGGCUCACGGAAGGAAAUUGGACUCUAUCUCGAAGACCAAGGAGGCGGCGUCUUCCUCCGCGCCAAGCCGCACAAACUCGUCAAGCUUGCGAAGAACGCCCCACAAACUUCGCACACAAUCUAUCUUAAGAAACACAUCGAGACAGAAGCAGUCACCCAAAUAGCCACGCGGAUGAAGUUCGUCUCCCACGGUGCCAUCCGGUUCCACGUCUUGUCCUCAUCCAUCGAGAUCAUAUCCGCCUAUCCCGCCCGGAUGUGGAACCCGCAGAGGCUUAUGUUCAUCACGGAUGGGGAAAGUAGCUUCGCCGGGUACAUCUAUCUUCGGUUGACGGCGAACGUAAGCCUGGAUGGCGUAGUGGCCUGUGGGUUUGAUCCAGAGGUAAAGAUGUGGUUUUGUCCAGGUUGGAACGGGCGGGAUGCGAUAUAUGAGGCUGCGAUGAGUGGCGACAUGAGAAGGAUGCGAGAAAUCGGUGUUCGGGAUGGUCGGCGCUGGGUUACUGGAGAAAGAUCGAAGAAGAUCAUCGGGCUUGAGGUUUCUGCGGGGCCAGGGCAGCAAGGCUUUGAUGUUUCUCUUAGACAGUCGAACUGUACGGUUAUGUAG